UUGUAGGCUCAACUGUGAUGGCAGCCGUGGGUUGACAUCGAUACAUUGCUGAAUAUAAACUAUUUAAAAGUUAGCGGAAAACUCCCCCGAAACAAUAACGUAGAACAAAUUACCAGCUUCCAGAUAGUACACACUUAAACACACACACGCCCGGUUUGGGGACACGGUAAGUUCACGACGCUGCAGUGAGCUUUGCUGUAUCAAAGUGGCGCUGAGUGUGUGUCUGUCUAUGUGUGUGUGCAGAGCUAUAGUUACUAGUCUCUUUCAUGCAUCGCACACACUCUUAUGUAUCCGUCCAGCUAGCUGUGAAGUGCGGUGAGGCUGCACACAGCCUCCCCACCUGAGUCCUGUUCAUGUAGCUUAGUGUGGAGCCUGCUGCUAACUGCUACAAGUAAGCAAGCUAGCCCAAAGUGCUGCUGAAAACCUGCCUGCGACGAGCUAAUGUUAACAGCGUCCAGCCAAACACGCCCCGCGCGCCCUCACUCGGCUGGUAACACGUCUGUCUGCGUGCAUGUGAAGUAUCCCAGACGAGAGGAAGCACAGACUAGCUUCCCUUAUGUUGAGACUUCUGAUUUGAUCCCCAGAGCAGGUUGUAUCUUCUCAUGCAAUUUAUAUAUAUGAUAUAAUGCAUAUUAUAACGUGUUAUUUAGAUAAAAUGAUGUGUCAGUGUUUCUUGGGUUCGUGUGCUGUAUGCCUUUGUCCUGCCACCUCUCAUCCUUUGGUCUGUCACAGGUCAGCAGGUGUUGGGGAAGGUCUGUGAACCAGCUGUCUCUCUUUCUUCUUCUUCUUCCCCUUUCUUGCAUCGAUCUCAUUACAUGAAGUGGCACUAUGCCCGCUGCUACUGUGGAUCACAACCAAAAAAUAUGUGAGGUUUGGGCCAACAACCUGGAGGAGGAGCUGAAGAGGAUCCGACAUGUCAUCCGAAAAUACAACUACAUCGCUAUGGACACAGAGUUUCCAGGUGUGGUAGCCAGACCAAUCGGAGAGUUCAGGAGCAACGCCGACUAUCAGUACCAGCUACUGCGCUGCAAUGUGGAUUUGCUCAAGAUAAUCCAGCUGGGCCUCACUUUUAUGAACGAACAGGGCGAAUACCCUCCGGGAACAUCAACGUGGCAGUUCAAUUUUAAGUUUAACCUCACAGAAGACAUGUACGCGCAGGACUCCAUUGAGCUCCUGACCACUUCAGGGAUUCAGUUCAAGAAGCACGAGGACGAAGGCAUCGAGACGCUGUACUUUGCAGAGCUGCUGAUGACAUCAGGGGUGGUGCUCUGUGACGGCGUCAGGUGGCUGUCUUUCCACAGGUUUGCAUGUGUUUGUGUAUAUGUGUUUUGUAGUGGCUAUGACUUUGGAUACCUGAUCAAGAUUCUGUCCAACGCUAACCUGCCUGAGGAGGAGGUGGACUUCUUUGAGAUUCUUCGCUUGUACUUUCCAGUCAUUUAUGAUGUCAAGUACCUCAUGAAGAGUUGUAAAAACCUGAAGGGCGGGCUGCAGGAAGUAGCUGAGCAGCUGGAGCUGGAGAGGAUCGGACCGCAGCACCAGGCUGGCUCUGACUCGCUACUCACAGGCAUGGCUUUCUUCAAGAUGAGAGAGAUGUUCUUCGAGGAUCACAUCGAUGAUGCAAAGUACUGCGGCCACUUGUAUGGGCUGGGCUCCGGCUCCACGUACGUCCAGAACGGGACGGGGAACGCGUACGAAGAGGAGGCCAACAAGCAGCAGUCGUGACAUCACUGCGAAAUCCCCCCACACCCCACCCCACCCCCUCGUGGGUCACAUGCACAAUCAGUGCGGAGCCGAGGCCGAGCUCCGUCAAACGGACGAUGAUGAUGACGACGGAAGAACACAAAGCAUACACACAUCAUUUAACAAGCUGCUUCUCAUAGGCCCUGCUCACCUUAGACAACUGAGUAUGAUGGUAAACUCUGUGUGAGGUCAGUCCUGUAUUCCUACCAAGCAGUGUACAGGUUCCGGUUGGAUCGGUUGAAUUUAACAUUGAAAAGACGGGAUUUUAGUUCUCCUAAAAUGUUAUGUAGAAAUGUUUUGCACUUUAAAGCCCCAACCUGAUUUUAUAUGGAAAGCUGAACAAAAGUUUCCAUUGUCUUUGUUGCCUUCUCUCCGGUCCCCGUUUCACAUCGUGAGCGUCACACAGGAAGCGCUCUCGGCACGCUCGGCCUUAAUAUCAGCUGCGUUCUUCUCUUUUAACCUUUAAUUUAUUGUGCCGCUGGUCUGACAUCGAGCAGAUGCUCCGCUCAACACCGAGGCGCCGCAUGUCGGUACGCUCGCCAUCUGUCAUCGGAUCUCCUGUUCUGGUAGCGAGAACGGGAGCUCUCAGUCAGUGUUUAUGCACACGUGAAUACUUCUUCCUUUUUCCUCAUUCGUUCAUAUAAAGAUGUUUGUAAUGACCUGAAUAAGCUCUAAUCCCACUGUGAUGAGCCUUAAGAUAACUACGCUGGUGUUUUCUGCUUAUGCGGUAUGUAGACUGGAUACUAAAACUUACUUUUAGUUGCCUUUUUUUUACUGUUUGUAUUCAUGAUAAUGCUAAGAAUGGCUACAUACAUGGAUAUAUACAACAUGUACUAGAUACACAUGGUUUUCAUUGAAGGAUUAUGGAUUAUUUGUGCAUAUACACACCCUCAUUGACACAAGCACAUAGGAGCCCUCUACAUGGUCUUGCAAUGAUUUCAACCAACUCCACCAGACCUUGAAAAAGACUCAAUUAUAAAGACUCUCCUGCAGUAAGACAUGCGGAGGUUACCCUGAACUACUCUGUUGAGAGUAAAGACUUUUAAUUGAAAUUGAGGUUAUGCAGAGUUUUAGUGUUGUGAUAAAAGCCCCAAAAAGCUUUUACUGAACAUGCAUCUUUUUGUUCCAGUGGAGUUCUUUUCACUUGCCUCUGAAUUAUAGUUUAGUUUUGUGUCGCUCUAAGGUUCAUUCAUGCUGCGUAGACAAGCCGCAUGUACUAGAGUGUUUGAAUUAAUGCCGUGUUGUUGAUAGCAGUAUCCUGAACUUCCAUAGGUGUGUGUGUCGAAUGGCAGCAACGAGAUUUUAUUAACCUCGCUGAGCCGCAAACACUUUUCCUUUCUGCAGCACAUCUUUCACACUGUAACGGAGUCAAAGAAUAUGCAAAGAGGAUUGUUUUUAGAUUAUUUUGUAAAUAAAGGCUUGAAACUUUUCUACCAUAA